GCUCUCACUCUCUGUCUCAGCUCCGAGCACAAGCCAUGGAAGAGAUCGACGAAACUGAAGCCGUACCUCAGGUGUAUAUGGCAUGCAUUCUGCACGGUCAUCGGGUUGGAAUUUCUUAUUAUGAUUCCAGUAUUCGCCAACUGCAUGUCCUGGAAGUUUGGGAAGAUGGCAGUUCAGAUUUUCCUUUGAUUGAUUUGGUAAAGUAUCAAGCAAAGCCCCUAAUCAUUUACACGAGCACUAAAUGUGAGGACUCCUUCUUGUCUGCAUUACAACGAAGUGAUGGAACAACUGAGGCCCCUACAGUGAAGCUUAUGAAAAGUUCAAUAUUCAGCUAUGAGCAAGCAUGGCACAGACUGAUUUACCUUAGAGUAACUGGGAUGGACGAUGGAUUAAACAUCAAGGAGAGAAUUUGUUUUCUGAGUUCUAUGAUGGAUAUUGGAAGUGACAUUCAAGUUCGUGCAAGUGGGGGCCUUCUUGCCAUAUUGGAGAAUGAGAGGAUUGUUGAUACCCUUGAGCAAAAGGAAUGUGGGAAUGCAUCAAUUACAAUUGAUUUUGUCACAGAAAUUUCAUUACACAAAUUUCUCAAACUUGAUGCAGCAGCUCACGAGGCCUUGCAGAUUUUCCAAAUAGACAAACACCCAAGUCAUAUGGGCAUUGGUAGAGCAAAAGAAGGGUUCUCUGUGUUUGGAAUGAUGAAUAAGUGUGUAACACCAAUGGGUAGACGUCUAUUAAGAAACUGGUUCUUGCGGCCUAUACUAGACCUUGAAAACUUGAACAGUCGUCUAAAUGCUAUAUCAUUCUUCCUUUGUUCUGAAGAAUUGACAGUUUCUUUACGAGAAACACUGAAGUCUGUAAAGGAUAUUCCCUAUAUAUUGAAGAAAUUCAACUCCCCAAGCUCCAUAUGCACAAGCACUGACUGGGCAUCCUUUUUGAAGAGUGUUUGUUCACUCUUGCAUGUGAACAAGAUAUUUGAAGUAGGCAUUUCAGAAAGUCUUCAAGAGCAAGUGAAGUAUUUGAAUUUGGACAUUGUUGAAAAGGCUCAUUCAUGCAUUACAACAGAGUUGGCUUAUGUCUAUGAAUUGGUAAUUGGUGUUAUUGAUGUGAACAGAAGUAAAGAGAAGGGUUAUGGAACACUAGUGAAAGAGGGUUUUUGUGAUGAGUUGGAUGAGCUAAGGCAAAUAUAUGAAGAAUUGCCAGAAUUUCUGGAAGAGGUGUCAUCAUUAGAACUUGCACGACUUCCUCAUUUUUGCGGAGGCAAGCUUGUUCCCUGUAUUGUUUAUAUACACCAAAUAGGAUACUUGAUGUGCAUUUUUGAAGACAAACUUGAUGAAACUACACUAGAAAAACUUCAAGAUUUUGAAUUUGCAUUCUCAGAUGGGGAUGGAGAUACAAAAAAAUUCUUCUACCGCACCUCAAAGACGCGAGAAUUGGACAACCUACUUGGAGAUAUAUAUCAUAAAAUUCUAGACAUGGAGAGGGCAAUUACUAGAGACUUGGUGUCACAUAUACUCCUAUUCUCAAUGCAUUUGCUCAAGGCAGUGAGCUUUGCUGCUGAACUUGAUUGCUUUUUGUCAUUAUCAUUGAUUGCUCAUCAGAACAACUAUGUGAGGCCUGUUUUGAGUGCAGAUUCAUUACUUGAUAUACGAAAUGGAAGACAUGUUUUGCAGGAAAUGACAGUAGACACAUUCAUUCCCAAUGAUACAAAGAUUCUUGAUGAUGGAAGAAUUAAUAUCAUCACUGGUCCCAAUUAUUCAGGGAAGAGCGUCUACAUAAAGCAGGUGGCUUUAAUUGUUUUCCUUUCCCAUAUUGGAAGUUUUGUACCAGCAGAUGCUGCAACUGUGGGUUUGACAGAUAGGAUAUUUUGUGCAAUGGGAAGCAAGCCUAUGACUGCAGAACAAUCAACAUUUAUGAUUGAUCUGCAUCAAGUGGGAAUGAUGUUAAGGCACGCAAACUCUCGAUCUUUAUGUUUGCUGGAUGAAUUUGGUAAAGGUACUCUUACAGAAGAUGGUAUUGGUCUCCUUGGGGGAACUAUUAAUCAUUUUGUUGCAAGUGAUGACCCUCCAAAGGUUCUGGUUUGCACUCACUUGACUGAGAUGUUCAAUGAGAGUUGCUUACCAAAGUCUGAGAAAAUCAGGUUUUACACCAUGAGUGUGCUGAGACCUGACAACAACUGUACAGAUAUUGAAGAUAUCGUAUUCCUUUAUCGGCUAGUUCCUGGACAUGCACUUCUUAGCUAUGGGCUGCACUGUGCACUACUUGCUGGUGUUCCAGAGGAGGUUAUUAAGAGAGCAGCAUGUAUAUUGGAUGCUAUUGGAAAUAAUAAGCAUGUUGAGCGUCUGUGCAACAAGAGAAUAUCGGCUCAGGAUCAGCUGUACAAGGAUGCAGUGGACAAGAUGUUGGCAUUUGACAUUCUCAAGGGCGAUCUCAACCUCUUUUUCCAAGACAUCUUUCCUUCUUAAUCUAAAUGUGUCAAACGGUGUUAUUUUCAUAUUUUCUCCAAGAUUUUCUUGGAUUGCUCUACAGCAUGAGUUGGGGCAUUGUUUAUA